GGGCACACUCAAGCGCAUGUUUUUUAAAUAGAACACCUUGAACUCUAAAUAUCCGUAAACAUCUUAAAUGUUUUAACUUAUAGCUUAAAAAAGUGCAAGUGAGACAUGAUGUACGGAUUCAGUAAAGUGGGAACGAGGCAGGUGAUGAGAUGGAGGGAGUGCCGGUUUUAUGACAGAGUGAAAUAUCAUUCUGGAACCGGCGUGUUCGGACAUCGACCGCGAACAGAAAGCCAGUGUGAAACACCGCAAGAAAUACUCGUGAAGAGGUACGAGAACUGCCGCGCGCAGCAACUAGUCGACGCAUAUCGCACCCACGGACACCUUAAAGCUACCAUUGAUAACGUAGAAUACAAGAGCGUUGACAGGAACGUGAAAGUGCUGGAGCCGUCCCGAUACGGUCUGUCGGUGCAGGACGCAGUUGACGCGGGCAUCGUGUACGGCGCCGACGGCACGCGCGCCGUGGCCGACCUUGUCGACCAGCUCGAGCGUAUAUACUGCGGACCGAUUUCUUAUGAAUUUACACAUUUAGAGACAGAAGCCGAGCGAGAAUGGUUUGCACAACGAGUGGAGAGCGGAGUAGACCACAUAGACAAGACACGUCGUCUAGAAAUAGCCAAAGAGCUGAUGCAGUCGCAGGCGUGGGAUAAGUUCUUGGCAGUGAAGUUUCCCUCUGUCAAGCGGUAUUGCGGGGAGGGCGCUGAAUCGCUUCUAACGUUCUUCUCGACGCUGUUUGAAUUGACUACCUCAGAGGGAGUUCAGCACGUGACAGUGAACAUGGCGCAUCGCGGAAAACUGAACACCCUGACAGGGCUACUGGGCUGCCCGCCAGUUAGAAUAUUCCACAAAUUCAGUGGGCAACCCGAGUUUCCCGAGGAGGCCGGCGCCGCCUGCGAUACGGUCAUGCAUUUCAGUUCUUCAUCAGAUAUAGUCCGAAAUGGUAAAACAGUUCGAUUUUCCCUGAUCAACUGCCCGUCUCAUUUGGAGGCCGCCAACCCAGUGUCUAUGGGCAAGGCGCGAUCCAAACAACUGCAGCUGAAAGAAGGGGAUUACUCGACCGACGGUUCCUCCAAGAUGGGAGACAAAGUAUUAAAUUUGCAAAUCCACGGUGACGCAGCCUUCACCGGGCAGGGUAUCAACCAAGAGAGCCUCAUGCUAUCUCGCGCGCCGCACUUCGACAUCGGCGGAUCCAUACACGUCAUCGUCAACAACCAAGUGGGAUUCACAUUACCUGCUCAUCGUGGACGGUCCUGCCGUUACGUCACAGACUUGGCGAAGACAAUAGCGGCUCCCGUCAUACACGUCAACGCCGACCAUCCAGAGUUAGUCCAAAAAGCAACAAACAUAGCGUUCAAAUACCAGCGGCGGUUCCACAAGGACGUAUUCUUGGACUACAACUGCUUCCGGCGCUGGGGUCACAACGAGGUCGACGACCCCACCUUCACCAACCCUCUGCUCUACAAGGUCAUACAUAACCGCAAAACAAUUCCUGAUCUCUAUGCAGAAAAACUAGUGUCGGAAGGUGUUAUGAAAGAACACGAAAUUCAAAACAUUUCGUCUGAAUACACGAAAUAUUUACAAUCACAAUUAGAAGCUGCAAAUUCUUAUAAACCUGAGGUUUCGUACUACCAAGAGCAGUGGGCCGGCAUGGGCGGUGCGCCGCGCGCCGUUGAAACCUGGGACACGGGUGCAGACCUGAAUUUACUGCAAACCGUCGGGCGCGCCUCUGUUCAUACUCCUAGCGACUUUAACAUCCACCCACAUUUAGCAAAAAUGCACGUGAACAGUCGCAUAUCAAAAUUAACAGAUGGGAAAGGGCUGGAUUGGGCUACAGCUGAAGCUUUGGCAUUUGGUUCGUUGCUGAUGGAGGAUGUGAACGUGCGGCUGAGCGGCGAGGACGUGGGUCGCGGCACCUUCUCCCACCGGCACGCCAUGCUGGUCGACCAGGCCACCGAACACAUCUACAUACCGCUCAAUCACAUACAUCCCGAGCAGAAAGCAUUUCUAGAGGUAGCAAACACCAUCCUGUCAGAAGAGGCGGUGCUCGCCUACGAAUACGGGAUGGCGUACGACUCGCCCGCGAACAUGUGCAUUUGGGAAGCACAGUUUGGAGACUUCUACAACGGCGCGCAAAUCAUCGUUGAUACUUUCAUCGCUUCUGGAGAAUCUAAAUGGAUGAGAAGCAACGGACUAGUAAUGUUACUGCCACACGGCUACGACGGUGCAUGCUCAGAACACUCUUCAUGCAGGGUGGAGCGAUUCCUGCAACUAUCGGAUAGUAAGGAGGCCUCCCCGGACUCCGAGGCUGUGUGCCUCCACAUCGCCAAUCCUACGACUCCAGCGCAAUACUUCCAUAUCUUAAGAAGACAGAUGGUGCGCAACUACAGGAAGCCGCUGGUGGUGGUGGCGCCAAAAAUACUGCUGCGGUUGGCCGACGCGGUAUCGCCGCUGCAGGACUUCGCGCCUGGCACACAUUUCAACCCCGUUAUUGGUGAUCCACUAGCCGACCCCCUGAAAGUGAAACGGGUGAUCCUGGUGAGCGGCAAACAUUACUACGAGCUGCAUAAAGAGCGCGUGCGUGCCAGGAUCGAAGAUGUAGCCAUCGUGAGGAUGGAAUCACUCAGCCCCUUCCCGCUGCAGGCGCUGCAGGCCGAGCUCGACAAAUAUGCCAAUGCUAGAAAAUUCAUAUGGAGUCAAGAAGAACAUAGAAAUAUGGGAGCGUGGACUUUCGUCAAACCUCGAUUUGAAAAUUUAUUAGGCAGAAAGUUGGUAUACGCGGGCCGAGCGGAGGCGCCGACACCUGCCGUGGGAGCGGGCGUGCUGCACCGCAGGGAAGUUGAACAUAUCCUCCGAGAACCGCUAUACAACAUCAAAUGAUGCUGUCCGAUUACAAAUCAAGAGUUCAAGGGAAAAACGAUAAGACUCCGUUCUUAUAUCCACUCACAUUGUUAUUUAUAAAAUGGAUAUAUGCAAACAUAUCCUUUCUUAUUAGGUACCUAAUUGUUUUGCAAUUACAUGUAACGGAUAGGGUAUUACAAAGAUGCAUUUAAUUUUUUAUACACACUGUAUAAGAUUUUACUUAAAGAUUUUUAAGGUGCUUAGGGAUAAUUUCGAACGAUAUAGCCUAUAGACCUAUUUCUAUAAAUAAGGUACAUAAUAACACUAUCCCAGUGGGAUCCCUGUUUGAAUGUUAUUAUGUUUUAAAUUUGUUGCACUACCGUAGCGUAUUACGUAGGCGAACAACGCGCGAACGCAAAGCGAAGCGGCGCGACGCGGCUAAAUCAAUCCUUUGAUACCCAUAGAAGUGUCCUACGUAAGCGAUCUCGUUGGGAACGCGACGCGGGGCGAAGCGGCGCGAUUUGCACGCGAACGUCGGGCGAAGCGGCGCGACGCGGCGCGAAGCGGGCGCGAUCAAUCAAUUUGAUUUUUAGACGCGAAUACGACGCGGCUAGAGACGUGGCGCAUGUAAAAUACCGGAUUUGAUUAGUCGACUCACAAAUGAUUUUUUAUCGGUUUUACUGUAAUUUAUAGGGAAAAGAAAUAAAAAAAUAAUCAAAUGCACGGAAAUUGGCAUAAAGGACUUAAGCGCCAAUGAUGUAUAUGGCACUUACGACUAUAAUAUUGUGAGUUCGCUGUGAAUUUCUUAAAAUUCAUGACAAUAACACACAAUACAAAAAUCUUUAUGAAAUAAGAAUAAGGUUGAUAUCUUUUUAGCAUUCCGUGCACGUGUAUUAUAGACGCGCCCACUUCAGACAAGACCAUCGCAUUGCGCCACGCCGCGCCGCGCCGCUUCGCGUGAAGAACGCUCACCUAGGACACUUUUAUACGGUUUGAGGACACUUCCAUACAUAUCAACGGUUUGUUUUUUCCUCGCCGCGUCGCGCCGCUUCGCGUUCGCGGUUAAUUCGCUUGGCCGCCGCGCCGCCGCGUGGGCCGCCGCGUCGCGCCGCGCCGCUUCGCUUCGCGUUCGCGAGUUGUUCGCCUACGUAAGACGCAGCCUUACAAUCGGUUGCUAGUGGACUGAGUUAAACUAGUCUAGACCAGAUUUUUUUUUAAAUA